AUGCACUUCUCUAUUACUACUAUCGUUGCGUUCGUCGCGGUUGCGUCGGCUCUUCCGGCUUCCUAUAAUAAUCACGUUGUGCAUGAGAAGCGCGAUGCUGCUCCAGCGAAGUGGGUUAAGCGAUCUAAAAUGGAUGGGAGUGUUCAUUUGCCGUGGCUUAAUGAGGUGUCAAAUCCAAGUUCCAAGAAGUACGGCCAGCAUUGGUCGAUCGAGGAAAUCAAUGACGCUUUCGCUCCAAGUCAAGAAUCUACAGACAAAGUGCUUGAAUGGCUUGCUGAGCAUGGCGUUACGUCCGCGGGCAAGGCUCCAGCCCUACAUACCCUCGAGUUCGAUAUGAGCAUUGCCGACAUCGAGAGGCUGCUCAAAACCGAGUUCUUCGUGUACGAACACACCGAGUCCGGAAAGCCACACGUCGCGUGUGAGGAAUAUAGCGUACCGGCCCACCUCCGUGAACAUAUCGAUAUUAUUACGCCAACGCUCCACUUCGACUCCAAGCCAAAAGCCGCGUCCAAAAAGCUUUAUGGACUCUCAAAAUCUUACAAAGAUACUGAUGUCCAAUCUUGCGUCGACACCAUAAGCCCGGACUGCCUACGCGCCCUUUACAACAUUCCAGACGUCUCUUCGACAAAGCCAUGCGGCGAGAACAGCUUCGGCAUAGUUGAAUACUCUGAUAACUCCUACAUUUCGUCCGACCUCGACGCCUUUUUCGCGAACUACUCCAAGCCCGCCGUCGGCUCAUACCCUGAGCUCGUCUCCAUCGACGGCGGUGUCGUCGACGAUUCCAACGUUACCGACUUCGGUAUACAUGGCGAGUCGGAUCUCGACUUCGAAUACGCCAUCCCCCUCGUCUACCCACAAAAGGUUACAUUGUAUCAAGUUGGCGACGGAGGCUUUUCCCCCGCCAAUGCGUCCUUCAUUAAGACCAAAGUCGUCAGCACGUCGUGGGGCCAGAACGAGUGGGAGCUCACACCCUCCUACGAGCGCUCUUUGUGCAACGAAUACAUGAAGCUCGGCCUCGCAGGCGUUUCCGUCGUCUUCUCCACCGGCGACUACGGCGUCGCAGGCAGCGCCGUUUCCGGCGAUAAGUGCAGCAACGGCACCAACAGAUUCCAACCCGAUUUCCCCGCAACUUGCCCCUACGUGACCGCCGUUGGAGCUACCAUGGUCGAUCCAUCCAUCAAAGACCUCGCCAGCGUGCUCAAGAACGGCGGCCAGCCCGAAAUCGCUAUCAACCACACCGUCACCACCGCCGACGGCUCGAUCGUAAGCGACGUCAAGAGCGGCGGCGGCUUCAGCGACGUCUUCCCCAUCCCGGACUACCAGAAGGAGGCCGUGGGCAACUACUUGAAGAACCACAAGCCGUCGUACUCCGCGGCGCAGUACAACAACUCGGGCCACGCACGCGCGAUCCCGGAUCUGAGCCUCAACGGCGCGAAGUAUCUUACCGUUUUGGGGGGCGGGCUGACCACUUCUGAUGGCACAAGCGCCGCGACGCCCGUGCUGGCGUCGAUGAUUACGCUGGUGAAUGAGGCGAGGCUGAGUAAGGGGAAGAAGAGCCUGGGGUUCCUGAAUCCGGCGAUCUAUAAGAACUUUGAUAAGUUUGGGAAGGAUGUUACCGAGGGUGCGAACCCGGGGUGUGGUACUGAGGGGUUUGAGGCUGUGGAGGGGUGGGAUCCGGUGACGGGGCUGGGCACGGUGGAUUUUGAGAAGAUGCUGAAGGUGCUGGGGGAGUUGUAGAUGGUGGUGUACAGCUACUCGGAUUCGUGUAUUCUCGGGCUUUCGUUUUGGGAGAUCUGAGAUCGGUUUAGAGGACCUGGGGGGUUGCUGGGGUUUCCAAUGCACGAUGUCACGUUUUAGACGCUGUAUAUUAUAGGUACGGAUUUUACGUAAUAGAUGGCCAGUUUACGAGCAAGAGUGUGG